GAGUUUUCUCCACGCUGUUUACCCAAAGUGCAGCGAAUGUGUCUUUAAACCUCCUUCACUGCUAUAUUCGUCUUAAAUAAUGGAGAAAAAAGGCUCAAAGCCCACCGGGAAGAAACCGAAACCACCGAAGAAGAAAGACGACGAUGACCCCGUCAGAAGCUUCGAGAAAUGGAAGAAAAAGUACGACAAGACGAAAGCACGAGUGAAGCGAGACAGAGCCCAGGCGAAGAAACCGGAGUGGCAGGUGGAGAAGGAGUACAUCGACCGUCUGGUCAGCAGGUACGGAGACAUCAACGCGAAAGAGGUUGUCAAGUUCUCAGACUUCCCCAUCUCCAAGAAGACCCUGCUGGGCCUGCAGGAGGCUCAGUAUCGGCAGCCCACCAAGAUCCAGAGGCAGACCAUCGGCUUCGCUCUGCAGGGGAAAGAUGUCCUCGGAGCGGCCAAGACCGGCUCCGGAAAGACGUUAGCCUUCCUCAUACCGGUGCUGGAGUGUCUGUACCGCCAGCAGUGGAGCUCCAUGGACGGCCUCGGCGCUCUCAUCAUAUCCCCCACCAGAGAACUCGCCUACCAGACCUUCGAGGUGCUCCGCAAGGUGGGCAAGAACCACGAGUUCUCCGCGGGGCUCAUCAUCGGCGGGAAGGACCUGAAGAACGAGUCGGAGAGGAUCCACCACACCAACAUCGUCAUCUGCACGCCUGGCAGGCUGCUGCAGCACAUGGAUGAGACAGCUACCUUCCACGCCACCGAUCUGCACAUGCUGGUCCUGGAUGAGGCGGAUCGCAUCCUGGAUAUGGGCUUUGCAGAUACUCUCAAUGCCAUCGUGGAGAACCUUCCCAAGUCCAGACAGACGCUGCUGUUCUCCGCCACGCAGACCAAGUCAGUCAAAGACUUGGCCCGGCUCAGCCUCAAAGAUCCAGAGUAUGUCUGGGUUCAUGAGAAGGCCAAGUUCAGCACCCCGGCCACCCUGGAGCAGAGCUACGUGGUGUGUGAGCUCCACCAGAAGGUCAACAUGCUCUUCUCCUUCAUCAGAAGCCACCUGAAGAAGAAGGUCAUCGUCUUCUUCGCCUGCUGCAAGGAGGUGCAGUAUCUGUUCAGGGUCUUCUGCCGCCUCCGACCCGGCAUGCCCAUCCUGGCCCUGCACGGCAAACAGCAGCAGAUGAAGAGAGUGGAGGUCUACAAUGACUUCCUCAAGAAGCAGAACGCUGUGCUCUUUGCCACCGACAUCGCCGCCAGAGGCCUGGACUUCCCUGCAGUCAACUGGGUGCUGCAGUUUGACUGUCCAGAGGAUGCAGACACCUACGUCCACCGGGUGGGCCGGACUGCCAGGUACAAGGAAGGAGGAGAGGCUCUGCUGCUGCUGCUGCCCUCCGAGGAGAAGGGGAUGGUCCGGCAGCUGCAGGACAAAAAGGUUCCCAUCAACAAGAUCCAAGUGAACCCAGAGAAACUGCAGGGUGUGCAGCAGAAGCUGGAGGCCUUCCUGGCCCAGGAGAAGGAGCAGAAGGAGAGAGCCCAGCGGUGCUUCGUUUCCUACCUGCGCUCCGUCUUUCUGAUGAAGAACAAAGAAGUGUUUGAUGUGUUUAAACUCCAGCUUCACGAGUACGCUCUGUCCCUGGGCCUCGCUGUGGCUCCAAGGGUUCGCUUCCUAAACAAAGCUCAGGCUCAGAGAGCUGAGAAAGAAGGACGGAGAGCAGAGGAGGAAGAGGAACAGUCUGACGAAGAGGAAGAGCUGAGGAAGUUUAAGUCCCAGCUGAGAGGAAAAGUUCCUCAUGAGGAAAGCCAAAGCUCAGACGACUCCAGUGAGGACAGGGAAAGUAGUAACGAACAAGAUGUGGAUCAGUCCAAGACGUUACUUGCGAGUGAAAACGACGAGGACGACGAUGAUCUGCGAGACUUUGACCUGUUGACGGUUAAAAGAAAGGACGUCUUCAAUCUGACGGGGGAGCAGCAGAGUCUAGAGGAGCCUGCAGAGGCCUCCAAAAACAAAACAGAAAAAGAGACAAAGUACAAAGAAGCCAAAAAGAUCCUCAAGAGAAACUUCCAGGUGAACACCAAAGUGACUUUCAGUGAAGAGGGAGAAGCUGUGCAGCUGUGGCCGCCAGUCCAGCGCACCGUGGCUGCUACUGCUGCGGACGAGGAAGACGACGAGGUUUCAGGUAUCAACGUGGAAAAGGCCAAGGAGAGGCUGAAACGGGAGGAUCAGGAGUUUGACAAGCAGGAGUACAGCCGCAAGGUGAAAGCCAAACACAGAGAGAAGAGACUGAAGGAAAAGGCUGCUAGACGGGAGGCGAGCAAGAGAGGCGGAAAUAAAUCUGAUGAGGACGAGGAGGAUGAAGUGAUAGCAUACCUGGCCAAUAGCAGCGAGGACGAGUUCGACCCCAGCACCCUGCCAGACCCUGACAAACUUUACUCUGAGGAGGAGGAGGAUCAGAUAAGGUCAACUAAACGUCAGCACAGCAGUGACAGCAGUGAGGAUGAUGAAGAGGAGGAAGAGGAGGAUCCUCCAGCAGGAAAGAGGAAGAAGAUGAAGCAGCUGGAGGAUGAACACACGACUCUGGACACUGGUCUCUCUCUGGCUGAAGAUGAGGAGUUGGUCUUACAUCUGCUGGGUGGACGAAGGUAGAGAAGCGUUUAUGGAUAGCAUGAAAUCAGUAAAGUCCAAACAGAAAAGUCAGCAGUUAAAUGAGGCAACAUCUGAAGCUGAAUUGCAGUUUAAGACGACGUGCUCAUUCUGCCCUGUGUCUAAAUGGGAAAAAAAUCCCCAAAUUUAAAGUGUCACUCCAGUGUUUCAGCGCUUCACUUCCUUAAAAUUAGCUUCUAGUUCUCUACAUUCCUCUUCGUCAGGACUGAGUGGGUGAUUUGAUCCAAACUGACUGACAGUAACUUAAUAAGAUGGAUCUGACAUCCAGGGGUUUUCCUGGCUCAGAAUGUGACUAUGCAGGACUGUCAGCAUCAUCAGUCUGCAUACGGAAGAGGCAAGGGGUCUGUUAUCUUUUUGACAGAAAUCAAUGCAUUUUCAUACUUUGUCAUUUCACAAAAGUGUUGAUUAUGUCAGAGUAAUUGAACCUAAAUGAACAAAACUGGUUAAAAAAUACAACAGCUGUUUUUUUUUAAUCGCUGUUCUUAUGAUUCUGGUGCUGGUGAGUGUUCUUCAGAUCUGACUAAAAUCUGUUUGGGGAGCACAACCUGUGGUAACAAUGACAGAAAAUGUUGUCUUCAUGUUCGAUCUCAUCAGUCACAGUCAGUUUGUCAUUCAGGCUUUCUGUUAUAUAUUAACAGGCUGAAACAAGUGACAGCGAAUAGUAUAGUACUAUUUUGACUUGUAGGUUCAUGGAUUGCUUCUUUAAACUACUCCAUAAUACAAAAGUGAGACGCUCCUUUAAAGUGGAACAGAUGUGGAUGGUGAUAAAACAGCAGCAGAAAAUCUCAAGUUGUCUCUGUUCAGUUUGUCAGAUGGUGAUUUAUUGUUGAGCAACUUUUAACCAUGACAGUACUGCAGAUGAGUUGUGACUUCUUUGCUCAAGUCGCCAAAAUAAUCCUUACAGAUGCUGUCACUCGCCCAGAUCGCUUGAUUGCAGCUAUUGCAAUCCUUAUUUAAAGUAACAGAAUUAUUUUCCCAUUCAUCUGUGUCGAAACAGCUAGAUAAAAGUGGCACAAAUGUUUCAGGUUCAGUCACUGUUGUUUGUCCCUGCAUUGUCUUUCACCGUUUGCUCCUUCUUCUGCUGUGAUUUAAUUAACUGUUUAUCUUGAGGCAUUUAACUUCUAUUCAACCGGCUCCAUUCCAGUGAGCAUCUAUCGAUGGAUUUUGCUGCAAAGCCAAACGUCUCAGCUGUGAACUAGGAAAAACAGAUAGCCCAGUAACUUGGAGGUAGUUUGCAGUAAAUAGGUAGUGUUUCAAUACACUAACACCACUAAUGUCAGACUAAUAGAGGCAGAAUGUGAAUAACAAAAGACAAACCAUGAUCACAUUUUAGGACGGUUAAUUUUCAUUAAUGAGACAUCAUACAACUAGAACUUCCUGACUUUAUGGAUGUUAUUGAUGUAACUGCAGGUGAUCUAAAGGACUUCGUAGUACUGAGAUUUCAGACUGAUUUUGCAGUUUUUUGUCAGUUUAAUCUCGAUCUUUCUCCCUCAGAGUUUUAGGUAUCAACGCAUAAUCUUCCUCUUCAUCAGAGGAAACUGGAGAUUUGUAAUUAAUUUAAUGUCAGAGAACGCUAUCACAAUUUUGAAAUGAACCUGGUUAUUGAGAUAAUAAAGAAUUUUUAUGGCUCA